AUGGGCAUAAAUUGGACGGUGGGGCAAGCCGGUCGGUUGGUCGAUCACGCGAUCAAGCACACCGACAUUCAGCUCUACAAGUGUUCCAACUGCAAAAAUUCUUUCCAAGUGAAAUCCGCGGCACGCUCGCACAUUAGGCGAGUUUGUAAAUCUGAAGGUCGAGUCAUCGAUUCCAUAUCUAAAGAAGCUUUGGAGAAACUUCUAGAAAUCUCGACUCGCUCUUUUCCCGAUUUUUCUGGCCCACUCGAGUCUUGGCGGCAGAAAGAAGUUGAUAAACUUGAAAAGAGACAAAACGAGGCUCGUCGAAAGAAACAGCUCGUCCUCAGUGCAAGACUAGAUGAAACCUCGGAGAGCUCUUCUGAAUCGGGUGAUAAUGCUGAUGGAAUGCAUUUGGAUGAAGCGGUUGAAGAAAAAGAUUUGGAAACUAAUGCCGGAGAUGAAGGCUUUAAAGACAAAGAUCUUCACCAAAUGCUCAACUUCAUCGAGCAUCGAAACACGAUUCAUAAUGACUUUCAGGAGGAAGAUUUGAAACUCUCGACUGAAUACUUUACGCUUCGACACGAACUGGUGGAAAAGGAAUUAAAGCUGGUGGAUUGUCAACAGAAUUGGGAAUCGAUUGCGAAAGAGAUGAUCAAAAGCUUGAAAUCGACACAAGAAAAGGCUGAACAAUUGCCAACAAAGAAGCGCUACGAAGAAACAAUUGAUGCAGCGAAAAGAGCUUUCAAUGAAGCCUUCUGUGACUACGAAACAACUAAAGAUCGACUCUCUGAUGUGAUGAAGAAGCGAACCAACUUGAGGACUCAGCUUGUCGGUUUAUUAAACGCUCAUCGGCUCGAGUUUGAGAAAAAUGAUGAAGAG